CAUCAGAACACGACUGUGAUGCCGGACGCGCCCACAGGACAACUCCGCUCAGCUUCAACAUUACUAUUAUUGUUACAGUUUGUAGGGUCUAUAAUUUAUUAGUGUUUCUAUUUGUACUCCAGUAAUCUUAUUAUAUUUAUUUAUUUAUUGUCUACCACGGUACAUUUUCGAAGGAUCAAUCGUUAUCGGUUUUGUAGUGCAACAAUCUUCACGACUUGGAGGGUUUGGUCAGUUUUUUUCCAUUUACAGCGGAGCUGAAGAAACGGAUUUGUCUUUAAUUAUUAUUAUUGAGAAUGACCAAAGCCCAUGCGAAAACAAAGAUGACUCUUUUAAACAUUGCUCCAGACGUAGACAGCUGCAGUUCCAACAGCACUGAGUACACAAGUUGUCCGGACUGUCCCUCCAUAAAAAAUGGAAUGCCGUAUAUAGACGUGGACGCAGAAAGCCAGAACUUUCUCACGGAUCAUCAAUUAGGAAAAAAGAAAUUUGAAGCUGAAUAUAGCCCUGGUUCGGCGUCGUUUGGGAUAUCUGUGUUUAACUUGGGUAAUGCCAUCAUGGGAAGUGGAAUCCUUGGACUUGCUUAUGCCAUGGCCAACACCGGCAUCGCCAUGUUUGUGAUCCUGCUGGUGGCCGUGGCUAUUUUCUCUCUCUACUCAGUCCAUUUGCUGCUCAAAACGGCCAACGAAGGAGGUUCUCUGGUGUACGAACAGCUGGGGUACAAGGCCUUCGGGAUCCCCGGAAAACUGGCAGCGUCCUGCUCUAUCACCAUGCAGAACUUUGGAGCUAUGGCAAGCUACCUCUACAUCGUGAAGUACGAGAUGCCCAUCGUCAUUAAGGCCUUCUUGGACUCUAACGACAACUCGUGGUACACUAACGGAGAUUAUCUGGUGCUGAUUGUCACUGUGGCCGUCAUACUGCCGCUCUCGCUGCUUAAAAACCUGGGUUAUCUGGGAUACACGAGUGGUUUCUCCUUGUUGUGCAUGGUGUUCUUCCUGAUUGUGGUGAUCUACAAGAAGUUCCAGAUCCCCUGUCCGUUACCAGAGAACUUCAUUAACAUCACAGUGAACGUCUCUCAGCCGCAGGUCAACACUACUGAUGAAGAGUGCUGCAAACCCAAGUACUUCGUCUUCAACUCACAGACUGUGUAUGCAGUGCCCAUCCUGACCUUUGCGUUUGUGUGCCACCCGGCGAUUCUGCCCAUGUACGCGGAGCUCAAAGAUCGUUCCAGAAGGAAGAUGCAGAGCGUUGCAAAUGUCUCAUUCCUGGGAAUGUUUGUCAUGUAUCUGUUGGCUGCUCUGUUUGGAUACCUGACCUUCAACGAGGCCGUUGAACCCGAGCUCCUGCACACUUACUCCAAGGUCUACAGCUUUGAUAUGGUGCUUCUGAUCGUGCGUUUUGCCGUCCUGACCGCCGUGACGCUGACGGUGCCCGUGGUUCUCUUCCCAAUCCGCAACUCAGUCAACCAUCUGCUCUGCGCCUCUAAAGACUUCAGCUGGCCGCGUCACAUCUUGAUCACCGUCGUUCUGCUCAUCUGCGUCAACAUUCUCGUCAUCUUCGUUCCCACCAUCAGAGACAUUUUCGGAUUCAUCGGUGCAUCCGCUGCUGCGAUGUUGAUUUUCAUCCUUCCCUCGGCUUUCUACAUCAAACUGGUGAAGAAGGAGUCCAUGAAGUCUAUCCAGAAGAUUGGGGCGACUUUGUUCCUCAUCAUGGGAAUCAUCGUGAUGUUCAGCAGCAUGGCUUUGAUCGUCGCAGACUGGAUCCACAACGCAGGAUCUUCAGAGGAGCACACCAAUGGCCACUAGUGGGCGUGUCCUAACCCUGAUUGACAGGCAGAUGGGCGGAGCCAAGCCACUUACAAUCCAUCUGAAAACUAGAAGAAGCUGCUCUAUUUUCAGCGCAGAGCAAAGACAAACAUCCCAUUCUGAGAGAAUGUCCUGAACUUUGUACAGUAUACUGUUAGGCCACACAGAUGGUACUCCACUCGUAUUGUUGUGCUUUUUUUGGUCCAUUUGCUUUUCUUUUGUGUUGUUCUUCCGUUACAGCUGAGUUUUCCGUGGUACGUCGCACAGAAAAACACGUGCUUCAUUCUCCGUAUUCAGGUUAGGCGUUUUGUACACACAACCAAAUCCAUUUCACGAUCAACACUGAGCGGAGCUUCGCCUGCAGAUGCGUGUUCGAUCCGUUUGUACCCUUGCCAAAAAUAUCGGUGUUUGCCUGUUGAAAAGCACUUACUCUUUUUCAGCAAAUGUGAAAAAACUGUAAAUUCGUACAUUUUGGCUAUGCUUUUAAACGCAUUUGUUACGAUGCCAUUUAUACUGUACUACUUGAGUCACCUUGGCCUGUCGUGUAGAUCUACUAAUGAACAAAUAUUGAUUUGUAGUGGUUGAUUUCAGACGGUUGGAACGGCUCAAUUAAUUUACUGUAACUUAUUUAAACCGGGAUGACAGCGAUGGGUGCUUUACAGUCAACAUGAGACACAGCUAACAGGGAAUGUUUGCGGAAUUUUCUGGCAAUUUUUUCCUUAAAGUUAUUAACAAACUCUAACAGAAUGUUCAUUCUUGUAACGUUAAUAGAAUGUUUGUUUGAGGUUCUCUGGUCUCUAAAAAUAUUUGUGUAAAAGCAUUAUUUAUACAUCGUUGAUAAACACUGUAGUUGGACAUUAAUCUAGCAUUUUUUAAACACUAAAAUGCAACAUUCAGAAUUUUAAAUGAACGUUCUUCUAGUAACAUUAAGAGAACGUUCGUUCAAGGUUGGAUGUUGCGGUAACAUUUUUUUUAAAUGCUGCUACUUGUUUUAGAAUGUUCAGAGAACAUUCAAAAGUAACUUACCCGUAAUGUUUACAAAAGUAUAAACUGAAUGUUCCCUUAACAUU